CAUUCAUCAUCUUUGAGCUUAUGGUGCAUCUGAUAGCUCAAAUUUAUUCAUCUAAAAACACUGCACAAAUUUGCACCAAAAUUAAAAACAGUUGAUCUGCCAUGGCCAAAACAGGCCACCAAGUGUUCAUUAGUUUCAGAGGAGCAGACGUGCGAAAAAACUUCCUAAGCUUCCUUACAGACGGGCUAAAAAGGGCGUGCGUAAAUUACUAUGUCGACACUAAAGAGACGAAAGGUGAAGUUCUUGACAUCCUUCUUCAAAGGAUCCAAGAGUCGCGGCUCGUGCUGAUCAUCUUGUCCGAAAACUACAUGCAGUCGAAUUGGUGCAUCAAAGAGCUGCGCACGACGACUAAGGAUAUAACAGAGUCAAGAAGGAAGGUCAUCCCGAUCUUCUAUAAUGUCCAAGUCGCAGAUGUGAAGGACAAAUGGAAAGUUGGCGAACAAGCAGAAGGAGUAGAAGGAGAAGAGACAGUGGAAGAGAGGGAGAAAAACGUGAAGGAAGCUUUGAUGAUUCUUACGAGGCAUAUGGGUAUGAGAUCUGAUGAGUACGGUACUGACUGUGAAUUCAUAGAACAUAUCGUCAAGGAAGUAAAGAAAGUGUUAACCAGUAUCGAACAAGAGGAGAAGGUGAAGGCUUCCGUCAAUACUACGGUGAGAUCUGAAGGUGAGAAGCAGGAGGUGUCUUCGCUAACGGGGACAAACUUGCAGGAGAAGGAGAAGAGCUUGAGACAAAGGAAAAUGUUAAGUUAUUUGGGAUCACGCAACGUCUACAAAAGCUACAAGAGAAGUUAGGUAUGCAUGGAGUGGUUUCCAAGGAAACUCGUAUUAUUGGAGUUCUUGGGAUGGCUGGUAUUGGUAAAACCACAAUCGCACACAAGUUGUUUGAGGAGGGGAAAAACAAGUUUCAUCGAAGAAUGUUUUUCGAUGAUAUUGAUAAAACCUCAAAGGAAGAAGGGCUUACUGAAUUACGGGUUAGACUCCUGAGAAAGCUUUUGAAGAAGACAGAUAAGACGAUAACCGAAGAGACCACACAUGAAUCCGUGGAGACGGAGCUACUUGAUAGCAAUGUUUUUCUUGUCCUGGAUAACGUAAGCAACAAGAAACAACUAGAGCAUCUUCUCGGAAACAGAAGGUGGAUUAGCCAAGGCAGCAAGGUUGUUAUUGUGACAAGUGAUAAGUCAUUGGUCGAGGAUGUCGUCAGUGAUACUUACGUUGUCCCAGGAUUGAACGAGAAGGAAGGGUUAGAGUGUUUUUGUUAUCAUGCCUUUGGUGACCACAAAGUCCAUGAAGGAAGUUUUAUGAAGCAAUCAAGAGAGUUUGUGGAUUACGCUAGAGGAAACCCAUUAGCUCUCAAGGUACUUGGACCGGAGCUUCGUGGUAGAGACACGGCUCACUGGGAAUCCAAGCUACUUCAACUCGCACAGAGUCCAAGCAAUGUGUUGAAUGUGAGUUACGAUGGUCUUAGCCAGCAACAAAAGGAAGCAUUUCUUGAUGUCACUUGUUUCUUCAGAUCAGAAAAUCACAGGUUUGUGACAGCUUUGGUCGAUUCUGAGCCUGACAAGGGUAGUAGCGAGAUCAGAGAUCUUGCGGACAAGUUCCUGAUAGAUAUCACUGGUGGCCGAGUAGAGAUGCAUAAUUUACUUUACACACUGGGGAAGAAACUAGCUUCCAAACAACAAAAGAGGCUACGUAACCAUCAUGAAAUUAUCCGAGCGUUAAAGAAAAAAAUGGGGAAAAGCACUAUCAAUGGUAUCAGAGGUAUGUUUUUGGACAUGUCUGAAGUAGGCACUGACACAGCAUUAAGCAAAGAGGCUUUUAAUGGGAUGGACAAUCUUCGAUAUCUCAAAAUCUAUGACUCUCAUUUUCCUCAAGAAAAUGAAGCUGGCUACAAACUACACUUCUCCAAUGGAGUUAAGUUACCGUUACAAAAGAUCAGGUAUCUCCAUUGGCUGAGAUUCCCAGGGGAAGAACUUCCUCAAGACUUCAACCCGAAAAAUCUUAUUGACCUCAAGCUGCCUUAUAGCAAGAUUAAACGGCUUUGGGAUGGUGUUAAGGAUACAUCAAAAUUAACAUGGGUCGAUCUCAGCCACUCAGUCAACCUUAGCUACCUGUCGGGCUUAUUAGGAUCCCAAAAUCUUCGAAGAUUGAACCUGGAAGGCUGCAAAGAGUUGAAAACAUUAGACGCGAGGAUGGAGAACUUGACAAGCCUUGUUCUCCUGAAUCUGAGAGGCUGCUCAAGUCUUGUAUCACUCACAGAGAUGAAUAUGGAGUCUCUUAAAACACUCAUCCUCAGUGACUGCUCGAAUCUCGAGGAGUUUCAGAUAAUAUCAGAACAACUAGAAGCAUUAUACUUAGAUGGAACAUCCAUAAAGACACUUCCUCCAUCUAUGAUCAAGCUCCAGAAACUAGUCUUGUUGAACCUCAAGGACUGCACAAAGCUAGCGACCGUGCCCGGCUGUCUUGGAAAUAUGAAAGCUCUUCAAGAAGUAAUACUCUCAGGUUGUAAAAAGAUGGAGACCUUUCCUGAUCUGCAAGAGAACAUGAGACGGCUGCGGAUAUUUCUGCUUGAUGGAACAUCGAUAAAAGAGGUGCCAAAGCGAUUGCAAAACCCUGGCCUCUCAAGAUGGCCACACCAUGGUGGUGUCAAAGGCUUCCCCUUGUUGAGACACCUCAGCUUAAGAGGAAACGAUAAGAUCCAAAGCCUGCAACCUGACAUUGGUGACCUGUACCAUCUAAAAUAUAUUGACUUGAAGUUCUGCAAGAACCUUGCUGUGAGUCACUGACAACAUUGGGAA